UCUAAAGGUCUAAGAAUGAGGCCUUUAAAGCUUUAAAUUGGAUACAAUUUUGAGAGCUUGGAUUUUCAAACCAGUCUCCACUGGAGUUAUUUGAUUAACAGACUGAACAGGACUCCAUGCCAAAAACAGAGACUCGUGGAACAGCUCUAAGACUUGCCUGAAAUUUCAUCCAGGUUUAAAGGGAUAGUGAGGGAAGGAAGUGGGUCUAUCAGUAAACCAGUGGCACAAGCACCAACACAUCAGCAAGGCUGGUGGUCAGGGACUCCAGAGACCUGCAGACGGGAGCACAGAGACACUAGAGCCAGGGAGGUGGUGCAGCCCAAAUUGUGGUCUUGGCCUGAGGACAGGUGGAUCCCUAAAGGGCGUGGCCACCACGGUCUGCAGCCAGCAGGCUGAGGGUGGUUUUCCUUUCCUUUUCCAGUUUGCCUAGCUGGGACAAGACAGACAGUGUCUGUCCCUGUUGGUUUGGCUGUCAGAUUAGCUGCUCAGAGGAGGAUGAGUGUUCCUGGGUGGUCUGUCAGUGAUGGUGGGAGGUGAGGCUUUCUUUCCUGGGGAGUCUGAAUGCUAAGCUUGGGCAGUAAGAUUAACCCUUGGUUUCCUCUGAGAGAAAGCUCUUUGUUGCCAGACUGCCACGGGGUGAGGGACUUCCCAGGGACUCCUGGGACAUCACUGUGAUGCUGGCUAGAGGCACAAGGACACAUCUUGUGCAGGGAUCUGCGAGGAGUUGAACAAUAGUAACAGGGUUAACAAGGUCUUGCGGAGAGGACUUCGGAUGGCUCUUGCACAUUGAAGCUAGAAUCUAUACUUGAUCUGAGGUUCAGACCACAUGGGCCCCACUUCUGGGGCAUUUGAGGAACCACCAUGGGAAAAUUGUAUUAAAGCAAGACAUAUGUUUUAGUCCUGUCUGUGGAAUAGCAAGGUGGCUGUGGGCUCUGCACCCACACAGCCUGGACUUGAGGGUGAGGUUAGUUCUUCUUUGGUGGAGCUCUCCACGGGCAUGGCAGCACCAGCUGCAGUCUAUCUGUUUUGUAGAUCCAAUACCUGCUGUUUUGUUUGGAAAGGUUGGCAGAUCCCAGAGAUUUCAGAGUCAGGCCUUAGCCUAACUCAGCCUCCAGCCUGGCUGCUCUGUAUAAAGGACAAAGGGCAUGAUGGGGUCAAGGAGCUGGACAGCUUGAAAAGUGACCGAUUGAGAACCAUCCAACUCAAUGUCUGCAGCAGUGAGGAGGUGGAGAAAGCAGUGGAAAUUGUCCACUCAAGCCUGAAGGACCCUGAGAAAGGAAUGUGGGGCCUAGUUAACAAUGCAGGCAUCUCAACAUUUGGGGAGGUGGAGUUCACCAGCAUGGAGACAUACAAGCAGGUGGCAGAAGUGAACCUCUGGGGCACAGUGCGGAUGACAAAAUCCUUUCUUCCCCUCAUCCGGAGGGCCAAAGGCCGCGUGGUGAACAUCAGUAGCAUGCUGGGCCGCAUGGCCAACCCCGCCCGCUCCCCCUACUGCAUCACCAAGUUCGGGGUGGAGGCUUUCUCCGACUGCCUGCGCUACGAGAUGCACCCUCUGGGCGUGAAGGUCAGUAUAGUGGAGCCCGGCAACUUCAUCGCUGCCACCAGCCUCUACAGCCCUGAAAGCAUCAAGGCCAUCGCCAAGAAGAUGUGGGACGAGCUGCCUGAGGUGGUGCGCAGGGACUACGGCAAGAAGUACUUUGAUGAAAGGAUUGCCAAGAUGGAGACCUACUGCAAGAGUGGCUCCACAGACACGUCCCCUGUCAUUGAUGCUGUCACACACGCCCUGACUGCAGCCACCCCCUAUACCCGCUACCACCCCAUGGACUACUACUGGUGGCUGCGAAUGCAGAUCAUGACCCACUUGCCUGGGGCAGUCUCUGACAGGCUGUACAUAUACUGAGCCAGUUUCUCUGUGGCCUCUGUCUGGAAGCCCUGGUGGGAAGGAGGGGGAGGAGAGAAGCUCCCCUUGGUUAUUCACUUCUGGAUUAUCCAGUGUCCCAAGAGAACUCAUAACUAGUUUUAGCAUUAACCAGAGGGAAUAACUCCGCCUGACUAGUUUGCACAGUGAGUGGCUCUGGCGCCACAAACAGGGUGUGGAGGGCAGGCAGGGGCCCCUAAACCUCAGGGCAAAACAAACAUGGUGCAUCCGUCUAUCUGGAGUUGAUUUCAUAUGAAGAUUUUGGGGAAACAUCUUUAUAUUAAAAACAGAUUUAUUAUAGAA